AGGGCCAGUCCCUCCACCACAAUGAGCUCUGAACACGAAGAAAUCGCUGUUGCAAAAACUGUUGUCAAUGGGCUGAGCAGCAAUGGCCAAGAAAAAGAAACGGAUCCCACUAAAGUCUGCAGUGGAAAAGGAGCUGUGACCCUCCGGGCAUCUCCAGCCCACAAAGAGAAUCAGAAUAUCACUUCACCACGUCCUCAGGAUAUUGAGCAACCUGAAAAUGAUUGGAGGUCAUCAUCUAAUGCUGAAGCCAAUGGGGAUGCCCAACCAUCUUCUCUCGCUGCCAAGGGUUAUAGGAGUGUGCGUCCGAACCUUUCCUCAGACAGCAAGCCACAGGAUGCCACUGCCACCACCACAGCUCAGCCUGGGGUUAUAGUAGUCCCCCUCCUCCAGGUUAAUCCAGACAGACAGCAAGAAGGCAGCUCCAGCACUCCACCACCGCCUCUGGUUCCUUUUGGGCAAGGCUCCGUAUUCCCUGAGACCGUUUCUUCUGGCUCACCCUUGACUUUUCCGACUCUAGAUGAUUUCAUUCCCCCACAUCUCCAGAGGGGUUCCCACCAUAACCAAGCACCCUCUGCAUCUGGCACAUUACCCUCUGUUUAUCCGAAACUGCCAUUCUUCUCAUCACCACCUUCACUUGUCCCUCCAGUCACAGGGGCUUUGCACAGGGGCUUGAAGCCUGAAAUCACUGGAGUCAUCUCACGUACAGACCCAAGUCCUAUGCUAAAUGAGGUGCCCCAGCCUGGCACUGGUACUGACUAUCCAACCACCUUCACUUCAAUCAACAAGUCUUCCUCUGCCUAUCCCUCUACCACAAUCGUCAAUCCCACUAUUGUCCUCUUGCAGCACAAUCGAGAACAGCAAAAAAGGCUUAGUAGCCUGGCAGAUUCAGUGCCAGACAAACUAGUUUCUGACAAAGUUGAUUCAGCACUCAUACAAGACAAGCCAGUUCAGGAGACAGUGCCAAGUGAGAAGAGGACAAUGGAGGAGAGGAGAAGCAUUGUCAAGAGCCCUCAGCACAUGGCUGAUACCUCUGUUGAUGAUAUUGGCAUUCCUUUGAGGAAUACAGACAGAUCGAAGGAUUGGUACAAGACAAUGUUCAAACAGAUCCACAAGCUAAAUAGAGAUGAAGAUUCUGAUUCAUACUCUCCUCGUUAUUCCUAUUCUGAGAGCAGUAAAACCCAGCCUUCAGUUCCUCGUUCCAAGAGUGAGAUGGACAAUAUUGAUUCAGAGAAGGUUGUUAAGAGGUCUGCUACUUUGCCACUGCCAAACCGUACUUCAUCACUGAAAUCAAGCCCAGAAAGGACUGACUGGGAGCCUCCAGACAAGAAGGUGGACACAAGAAAAUACCGUGCAGAGCCCAGGAGUAUUUAUGACUAUCAGCCAGGAAAGUCCUCAGUUCUGAACAAUGAAAAGAUGCAAACAGAAGUGACCCACUGGUGUCUCUCCCCCUUUUUUGUAUUUUCCAGCUCUACGUAUUCACCUAACUACCAUGCAGUGAAAAGGGAGUCAGAACCAGCCCUGGGGGACCCUGCUGGCUUGGAGAAUGAAAGGCAGAUUUACAAGAGUGUGCUGGAAGGUGGAGAUAUCCCAUUCCAGGGGCUGAGUGGUCUCAAGCGACCUUCUAGCUCUGCUUCCACAAAAGAUUCAGAAUCACCAAGGCAUUUUGCACCAGUUGAUUACAUGGAAACUCCAGAAGAAAUUCUUCGUAGACGGCAUGAUGAUAAAGAGAUGAGACCUGCUAGAGCCAAAUUCGACUUUAAAGCACAGACACUAAAGGAACUUCCUCUGCAAAAAGGAGAUAUUGUUUACAUUUACAAGCAGAUUGACCAGAACUGGUAUGAAGGCGAACACCAUGGCAGAGUUGGCAUCUUCCCACGAUCAUACAUAGAGCUCCUCCCACCAGCUGAGAAAGCCCAGCCCAAAAAGCCAUUGCCAUUGCAAGUAUUGGAGUAUGGAGAUGCCAUUGCUAAGUUCAACUUCAAUGGGGAUACCCAAGUGGAAAUGUCCUUCAGAAAGGGUGAAAGGAUCAUGUUGAUUCGGCGAGUGGAUGAGAACUGGUAUGAAGGAAGAAUCUCUGGCACCAGUCGCCAAGGCAUCUUCCCUGUCACUUACGUGGAGGUGCUGAAACGGCCAGUGGUCAAGAAUGCCAUCGACUAUCCUGACCCACCAUCAUCCCUCUCCCCUAACCGCAGCAUGACAGCUUCACCACAGCAACCUCAAGCACAGCAGCAAGGAGCCAGCCCUGACAGAAGUCAAACACCACGAGACAUAGUUAGUUACCAAGCCCUCUACAGCUACACACCUCAGAAUGAUGAUGAGCUGGAACUGAGGGACGGUGACAUUGUUGAUGUAAUGGAGAAAUGUGACGAUGGCUGGUUUGUGGGUACAUCCAGGAGAACAAGGCAAUUUGGCACCUUUCCAGGCAACUACGUGAAGCUUCUGUACCUGUAA